CAAAAUUUCUUUUGUGGGCCGUUUGUACUUCGCCUUUGCCUUAUAGGAUUUUUUUUCCCUGCGUUGGCCUCUCAGUCAUAUUCACUUCUUCAUAUUCAGGCCCUCAGUGUUACCCUCAUCACCACCACAAACAAUCUAUUGUCUUUGAUUCUUCUUACUCGCUUUUGCGUAUCUCCGCCUACGACUCAUCAGCUCUUUCAACCCUUAUAUAACAGACAAUAGCAACUAUGGACAGAAUCGGCAACGACACCACCAUGCAGAACUCUGACGCCCUUACCGAGGGUCGUCGCAUCUACAUGGGCAACCUUCUGUACUCCGUCAAGCCCGCUGAUGUCGAGGGACUCCUUCAGGAUGCCGGCUUCACCCAGUACGAGAAGAUUCACAUUUCGGUUGAUCCCCUUAGCGGAAGGAACCCUGGAUACUGCUUCAUCGAGUUCACCACUCGUGAGGAGGCUGAGCGCGCUCUUGAGAGCUUGGCUGGCGUUGACCUUUGCGGACGUUCCGUGAAGCUCGGCCCUUGCCACCCCAAGACUUCUUCUCAGCGUCGGGAGGGAGCGUCCGCCUCCCCUGCGCCCCGCUCCACUUUCGAUCGGUGGGGUGACUGGAGAAGCGGCAGCAAGCCCGCGGCGACUGAGGAGCAGAGGUCGUAUGGUACUCAGAGGCGCACUGGUAGUGAUGCGAAGGAGGGCGUUGUCCAGAACAACAAGAGACUUUAUGUUGGUGGUCUUGGCGAGAUGAUCGACCAGGAGCAGAACGACGCAGAGAUCCGUGAGAUCUUCCUUGGGUUUGAGAUUGUGACUAUCGGCAAGCGUAUCGCUCCCAACCCUCUUUCGAGGCCUCAGAACGGCAGCGGUAGCCACCACUACUGCUUCGUCGAUUUUGCGUCCGAGGACGAGGCUGAGCGUGCUAUGACGGCGACCAACGGCAGGCCCAUCCUGGGCGGCACCCUUCGUGUUUACCCUGCCAAGUCCAAGGCUCCUGUCCGGGAGGCUGAGGAGGGCUCCUCCUACAGACCUCGCGGCGAGCGCACUGAGCGCACUGAGCGUACCGAGAGGGCGGAGCGCCCCGCAAAGACUGAUCGCAACCCUGAGCGUCAGAGGGAGAUCCUCGGUGCCAGGAGCUGGAGGGCCGGCCCCAGCGCCGUUGCUGCCGAGUGAACACCAUCAUGAUCGGUUUAUCAAGCACUACUGUCCAAGUCGGCACGGAUGUGCCCUAGUUAUACCCCUCCGUCAAAUCUACCUUCAGAGUGUCUCAUCCUGUUGAUGGAGACAACCGAUGAAGUCAACAGCCGCCUCGCGUUCGGUGGCAUUGUGAGCUGGAUGAUACAUGGCCAUGCAGUUGCUUGAACUGGCCCAGACUCUCGCCAUUCGAUGCAGUAGAAGGGGCUGAAGUGUGGAUGCACAAGCGGUUCCAUUCAGGUGGCCGAGCAGCCAGUGCUGUACGUCAUUUGUUGUGGUUGAGCGAGCUCGAUCAGGGCCGAACAAGCGAGGGUGAAGGCACCAGAGAGGGAAUGGAUAAGGGAAACUACAAAAAGGGGGUCUCAUGAGUACAGGGGCGUGAGGGACUCAGCGGGAGCACGGUAUGAUUCAUUCAAAAAUUAUUGCCUUCGGGUUGUACAACCACAUCUGGUCUUCAAUAGUCCUUUUUCUUCUUCUCCGUGACGCGGAGAUGCUUAAAAGGCCUCCUCUGUUUAAUUCUUUCAAGCCCCUGCUUCCACUGAAUCCACCCUAGCUCAUGAUUGAUUGAAAGUCUCUCUACCAGAUACGGUUUCCCU